UUUCACAUUAUUGACCUAAGUUUAAUAAAGCUUUAUGCCUCGUCCUCACGCUUGGCGUUCGCCGCAAACUUCAAACCUCUACAAACGCUUGGCAAACUUUGGUAAGACAAACGUCGUUAUCCACACGUUUGCGAGCUUGUUAGUGUGUUCAGGAGACACAAGCAUGAUGGACGUCGAGGUAUUAUCUGCCAUAACGUUUAGCUUAACUUAUUUUUAUUAUUAAAAAAGCAAAUUGAAAAGAAAGCGAAAAGUUCAACAAAGAAGAUGGUGGAUGAUAAAAAUUCAUAGAAACCGCACUAGAAAAUUUAUUGAAGAAAAAUUCAAUGAUCUCCUUCUUGAACCCUCUGGACAAUUUGAUAACUUCUGCCGGAUGACUUACACUGAUUUUGAAUUAUUGCUAAGCAGAAUUUCCCCUAUCAUUUCAAAGAAAGAUACUGACUUCAGAGAAGCUAUACCAGCGAAAUAUCGUCUUGCAAUAACUUUAAGAUUUUUAGCAUCUGGUGAUAGUUACAAAAGUUUACACUACUUGUUUAAAGUUUCUGUUCAAAUAAUAUCAAAAAUCAUACCUGAAGUUUGCAGAGCUAUUAAUAAAGUUCUAAAUGAUGAAAUUAAGUUGCCCUUAACAGCAAUAGGCUGGAUCGCUAUAGAGAGAGGAUUCAGAAGUAAAUUCCCUCAUUGCGUGGGUUCACUGGAUGGAAAACAUAUAGUUAUUGAAAGCCCACCUCACAGUGUAACUGAAUAUUAUAACAAUAAAAAAACAUUUAGCAUAGUUCUCCUAGCAUUACUUGAUAGCAAUUAUAAAUUUAUUUUUGUAGACAUAGGAAGUCAAGGGAGAAUCAGUGACGGUGGAGUUUUCAACAAUUCAUUACUAUGGUAGAGAUUUGCAGGAAUGAAAUUAAUUUUCCUUCACCAUGCCCACUCCCCGGGUCAAAUACGAUGUACUAAGUACACACGUCAUGAAGCCCUAUCCAGGCAAUCAUGAUAUCGGUUCACCAAAAAGAAAAUUCAAUCAGUGUUUAUCUAGAUGACGGGUUGUGGUCGAAAACACCUUUGGAAUUUUAGCUUCUGUAUUUAGAAUUUUUCGAAGACCUAUCAAUUUAGAUAAAGACGUUGUGAUAGAACUUACGAUGACCUUUGUACUAUUACAUAAUUUUCAUAGAAAUAGUAAAAGUUCUUCAGAUAGAUAUAGACCACCCGGAUUAUUAGAUGUAUAUGAUGACAAUGGAAAUCUGCUGAGACCUGGUGCAUGGCGCAAUUACAUAAACGAAUAUAAUGUAAUACAAAAUUUACCGCAAUUACCUAGAAGGUCACCAUUAAAUGCCAUUAAUGUAAGGGAAGAAUUUACUUCGUAUUUUUGCAGAAGUACGAAUACUUAAGGUCUAAAUAUUUUUUUCAUUUUAAUAACGAUGUGAGUUACUGAUUGCAU